GUUGCAUUAUAAAAGUUUGGAAAAAAGGGGCCAUAAUAAUUCUGGAACGUAAGUUAGAAAGUUUUUUUCCAGUUAAAUGUACUUACAUUGACGAACAGAAUUUUAUUAUUAAGACUCAAAAGCAAAAUGAGGAAAAAGAACGACAUACCGAAAAAAAGCGCUAAAAAAAAAAAACUUCAAGUAUUCUACGUAGUCAAAAACGUUCCCAGGCACCAGUCGUGUUCAAGAGAAAUGCUCAAACUGAUGAAACGAUUACAAGGCAGCACCAACUUUAUGAUGAAUAAAGCACCAUUCGCAAGACUGAUCCAAGAAAUAAUGCAAGCCUGUUCGCAAGAAAAAAGGAUAACAGUGGAAGCCUUAGAAGCCUUACAAGCGAUAGCCGAAACUUACCUCACCAAUCUGGUCAUUGAUGCCAAUGCAUGUGCUGCCCAUGCUAAGAGAGUGAGUAUUCAACCAGUAGAUAUAAAACUAGUUGGAACAUUGACAGGAGUUAUAGACCCAGGUUUUAACUUCAGAUGAAUAUUUUUUUGUGUGUUGUGUUUGUUUUUGGUUUAUUGUUACUGUUUCUGUACCAAAGAGACCAAACAUUCAACAAUCUUAUUUUUGUAUAUUGAUUAUGUCUGAUUUUUAAUCAGAUUGCUUGUACCUUUAGAUCUUAAGACAAAUUUACUGAAACUGGUUUUCAAAUAUUUCCUAGUUGUUUAUUUACUUGUACUUUACGUUUUUUUUGUUCAUAAUGUAGGUAUUUCUGUAAAUUAAUCGAAACAAAUUAUAGAUAGUAUUUUCACUUAGGAAAUUAAAAAUUUGAAUUUGAAUAAAUGCGUUGUUUAUGAUAACGUAAUUAAAUAAAAC